AUGCUCAAGCAUGUUUUCAAGCCAACAUAUGCUUCACUCAUCACGGUUCGGCGUAUCAAAACGUUACAUACACCUGUCUUUACAACGGACAAUAACUUCACCAAAAGCGCCCUUUUAGAAGGUGUACGACUACUAGAUGAUAUUCUAAACUCUUCUUCUCAUGAAAAUACAUUACUUUACACCAGCAAAUACAUGUCGAAACCUCAGUUAAUAACUUCAGAGAACCAGAUACAAAUGCAACAUGUUAUAAGAGAAUUUUUGGAUAGAUGGCAGAUUGAAGAGGCCUCAAUGAACAGGUAUCCAAUUGACGUAAGGAAAAAAUUAGGCAAAAUAGGUUUACAGCUAUAUUUGGGUUGCAAUGAUAUGAAUCUUAGCCCCAUCGGUACAACUUUAACACGUAUAUUAAUGGAACAGUAUAACAGAUGUCCCGAAAGAGAGACCCUGGAAGGAAUACAAAGAUCCAUAAAUCUCGUACGAGCGAUAUUGAAGCAAAACAAACUGAUAAUUAGAGACAAAAAAAGCAUCAAUGCUCUAGUAGAAAAAAUGACAAAUACAGAAAAAGAUUGUGCAACACUGAGGCGUGCACUCCAAGCAGUGGAUUAUAAACUUGUUUCCGAUGAAACAAUAAGAAUCGUGAAGGGUAGGAAAACUUUUGAUGAGUUAGAACUGUCCAAGGGCUGGAGAUUUCCUGCAGGCCUGUUUGACACAAACGAAGCGUAUUCGCGGUCUAUUGGGUUACCUGAAAAAAAGCUUAUUGAUGUCAGCGAAGAUAUGUUAGUGCUUGUUUUUGAUGGUACUUUAAGAGAUGCAAAUAAAAUUUUACCGACAAUCAAUUACGCAUCAAAAAUUGAAAAAUCUUUGCUCCUAAUUAUAAAUGGUGAUUGUGUAGGAGAUGCAUUGAUGUCGAUAACCAUAAACAACAAUAAGAACAAACGUAAAGGAAACAAAAGCAAGACUCUUAUUAUCAAAUACAACUCGGCGGCUAAUGGUAAUCUAUCCUUACAAGAGAAUAAUGAUCUUAUCAAAUUUCUCAAACUUCCCAAGGGUUUCGGCAGCAUUUACUCACCCGAAUUCAGCUCCUACGUUCCUAGUAAGAUGUGCUCCGAUCUUUAUUACGGAAAGUUAGAAUCGAUCAAGGCAACAAACGGAGAGGCUUUUCUUUACAAUUCAAUGGACUGGAAAAACCAAGACUCUGAAAAUAAGUUUCUCCAGGUUACUGUAACCCUACGCAUUGGUGGUCAUAGUGAGUUUGAGAUCAAUCACAGACGGGCUCAUCUGGAUAACCUGAUUAAUAACAUCUUGUGCGUAGGGCUGUCCGAUGGGUUCGUCCCAACUUAUGGAGUAGCAUUAGCCAAGACAAUUCCCUCGAUUGAUGCUCUCAAGAAGAAUGAACGUAAUCUCAAAGUCAGGGGAGCCUUAGAUUCUUGCAUUACAGCCUUUAGCGCCCCGAUGGAGAUCGCUAUGAAGAAUGCCUACGGCUACAGCAGAUUUGAGAUCAGCAAAAUAGUAUCAGAAACCAUUGAAUCCCGAGACUUUUUAAGUGCAAAAAUAGAGGCAGAUUCUGCAGAGGUUCAAAACUUUGCAGAUCUAGGUUUUCUGGAGCCUUGGAAGAAACUUGACCAAUGUUUAGCCAACGUUUUGAGUUUUGUAAGACUUCUAGACAGCUGCCAAUAUAUUGUCGCGCGGGUCUUUGAGAAACCAAAGAAAGGUGGCAAAUAG